GCAUAUGUUAUGCUAGUCAAUAAACUACCAAAAAGUAGAAUUUUCAUUAGAUUUUACUCAACUUCACAUUUACCAGCUAGAAAUUCAUGGAAAAAGGAGUUCAGCUUCGUCGGUACAAAGUUGAGAGGCAGGGAUACUAUAUCAUGUUUAGAUACAGCUAGACAGUUCGUUAAAGACGUAGGAAUACAAGAAAUGGGUAGUAGUACCACACCUGUUACUGUCAUCGACGCAUAUUCAGGUUUCGGUUUGGUAUCAAAAGCCUUACUAGAAUUAGAAAACGUUGGAAAAGUCAUCUCAAUUGAGCCUGCACAUACAUUCAACAAAGUACUUUCUGCGCUAUCAGAUGAACACAACAAUAGAAUGGUCUACAUUGAUAAAGAUCCUUACGAUUGGCAAGUAUACACUGACAUUGAACAAGCUGGACUUUUGAAAGACGUUCAAACGCGCUCAUGGGAAAACAUACAUGAUCAUUUCGCAGUCUUCAUGCAAGUUCCAGCGACAGUGCACGGCGAACAGUUAAUUGGACAGUUUUUCCAUUGUAUGGUCUUUCGUAGUUGGUUGUUCAACAGAGGCAGAAUUCCAAUGGGUUUGUUGAUAAACAGCCCAUCCUAUGAUCGACUUGUACAUAGCCCAGGUCAUCCAGAUAGAGGUCGUAUAGCUACGAUAAGAGAAGCAACGGCAAUUAUAGAUGUCGUCAUUCCAGAGAAGGACCUCCUUCCUGAGAAUGACAAGAUAUACCCUCAGGUUCGUCAACCAAAUAAGAAGACGAAGAAAGGUGCGAAUAUCCUAAACUACGUUGGCACCAAGAUCACGCCGCAUGUGGACAUCAUUCCAGACACCACCACCCUUGACGCUUGGGAAUUCGUGACGAGGCAGAUAUUCAUCACAAGAAGAUAUAGUCUUCGGAAAUCAUUGAAACACCUCGCAGUCAAUGCAGAUGUUGCACUAAGUAAACCAUUGGAAGAUCGUGGUGUGGAUCUCGAUAAAUUGGUACGGGACCUAACAAUAGAAGAAAUUGCCAAAAUUAUAGAUGCCUUCUUGGAGUGGCCUUUCAGACCUGAAAUUCUUUAUAGAGAUGAUGUUGAUGAUAAGUUCUCUUAAUCAUACUUCGAUCCAACCGCAAUGCAUUGUACAAUAAUACACACACUUGCUAAUAGUUUAAAGACAGCUGCUAGAUUGUUUUCUCAAUAUGCCGUAGAUUAUAUUCAGGAGAUUAAGUUACUAGAAACAGUCCAUGUUCGUCAGCUUCAGUGUAUUUUCUGUCCCUGCCGUAUAUCUAUAACGACGUCACCAAAGGCAUACUACCGCCAACAAAGCCCUAUGCCGCAGAUACAUGUACAUGAAUAAAUAAAAC